GUGUGGGUUCUUGCCUCAGUUUCCCUCUUGAAUCAGCUGUUAGUGUCUUGGGUGUAAGUGAGUGUUUUGUGUUAGACCUGCCAGGAUCCAGUGGUGGCAGGAUGUUUUACAAUUUAACCUCAUCUCAAAAGGCUGUAAGGCUGUUCUGAAGGCUUCUUAAACAAAGGAAUGGGCCAGAAGAUCCUAGAAAACCCCAGAGUGGGGAAAUCGGAGGCGAAAAGGGAAGGGUGCCUCCUCAAGUCAGCCUGGGCUUCUGUCCACCACCACCCUACCGGGAGCCAGAGCCGUCUGUGGCCGAACCCCCGUCUUGCCCUCUGGCUUUGGACAUGAGCCUUCGGGACUCCAGCUAUAGUGUGGCCCCAGGACCCUGUGUGGUGGCCCAGCUACCAUCUGAAGAUGUGAACCAUCUGACAGAUGCCCAGAGCAGAGACCAGGGUUUCCUACGAACCAAGAUGAAGGUGACUUUGGGAGACAGUCCAAAUGGAGACCUUUUUACCUGUCACAUCUGCCAGAAGGCCUUCACUUACCAGCGCAUGCUGAAUCGACACAUGAAGUGUCACAAUGACGUCAAGAGGCACCUCUGCACUUACUGUGGGAAGGGCUUCAAUGACACCUUUGACCUCAAGAGACAUGUCAGAACCCACACUGGUGUGCGGCCCUACAAGUGCAGCCUGUGUGACAAGGCCUUCACCCAGCGCUGCUCUCUGGAGUCCCACCUCAAGAAGAUCCAUGGCGUGCAGCAGAAGUAUGCAUACAAGGAGCGCCGGGCCAAGCUAUAUGUGUGUGAAGAGUGUGGCUGCACAUCUGAGAGUCAGGAGGGUCAUGUCUUGCACCUCAAGGAAAACCACCCCGACAGCCCACUGCUACGCAAGACCUCCAAGAAGGUGGCUGUGGCCCUGCAGAACACUGUCACUUCCUUGCUGCAGAGCAGCCCCCACCUCUGAGCAGCCUAGGCCCCAGAAGGACCAGGAUCACUUCCUGCUGCCCAGCCGGCUCACCUUCCUGCAGCCUUUUGCCAGAACAUCUGUGACCAGGACCAGAGUCCUAAGGCCUCAUGGCAGGCACACCCGCACACUCAGGCACUGACUUCACUCACUUUUUGGAAGUCUGUCUUACAAUCAGAGUCCAUUCUGAGUUUGGGACGAAGGGUGCCUGUGUCAGAGUAGGGGUGAGGCCAAGUGAUUAAGAACAGCUGCUUACACAGACAGGCCCUUUUUCCUGGCAGCAGAGCUCAGGCGAUGUGUUGAGAGGGAGCCUGAGUCAGGAUGGGCAAUGGAUCUCCAUGAACUGCAGAGUCAAGACACCAGCAAAGAGCAUCCCCGCAGACUACUGUGGCGGUGGGGCUGGCAGCGGCCCACACACCUGCAGGGCUAAUUCUCAGGGUUCAAGGGCUUUGCCCCUUCAUCAGAGGCCCCAUGUGUACAGCCAUGUGCGUGCUUGUGUGUGCGUCACACUGCUUUAUGUGUGGUUUAUUCUCACGUGCAUGUGCACUCAUGGCCUCUCCAUAUCAACUCAUUCUUAAGAAACUAACCACAAGGUGCCAAGGAGGUUUUAUUUCCUUUUUUUUUAAAGAUGACAAAUGUACAGAUAUUAAUAUAUUUUUGGUGCCCACAGUAAGACUGUUUUUAAAAGGGAUGGAGCUGGUUUUUUCUCCAACCCCAUUGGUUCUAUUUAUCCUGGACAUUUCAAACCUCCUCUGUGCCUUGGUUCUGGGGGUGGUAAUGCAGACCCACCCUGUUCUCUGAGAUGUUCCAUUCAAGACAAUCUUUCCUCCCACCCUGCCCCUGGACAGUGCCUCACCACUCUCUUCCCUGCAUCCCCUGGCAUUGCCUCCUUCCACACCCUUCUCCAAGCCCCAGUUUUCCUGGUAAGCCUGACAGCUGACUGUCUGAGUGUGGCUACGUCUGGUGGUGGGUUCCACUGAUAAACUCUUUCACCAAGUCCAAGUACUAAGACAAGGGGAAGAACAGGCCCGGAGCCUGUUUUUUCCUGGCUAAGACAAAAAAUUCUUGAGCAGUAACAAAAUUUCAGACAAUAAUAAUCCACAUAUCGGAAACUUAGAGAGGGAGUCUGUUUGAUGGUUAAUAAAGAUCUCUGUUGUCUUCUGGUUUCCAAAUGCCUUGAGCUGAGUGGCUCCUCCGAGGGAGUGGGUCUUUGUCCACUGGUGUGUUUGGAUAGCCUGCUGAGACCAGAAAAGGGUUGUAUGUCAAAAAGGCACGUGCCUCAUGGGUCCAAGGAAUUACAGGCAACCUGCAGAGACUGAGAGACAGACCCACAGACAGGCCAAGACUGUGACAGGCUGGGAAGCCCCUGCAUGCCAAACAGCACAUCCUCCCCUGCCUCCUCCGUUCAGUAUGUGCACAAACCCAGGACCUGGCCCCAGGUGGGGCCCACUCAAGAGGACAGAAGCUUCUUAAACUAUCUCUGGACUGAAUGUAGACUGAUGGAGACUUGCUUCAUUUUACUUUGGUGUCUGGGUUGCUUAUCUUCUUAAAUUCUCGAAUGUAAGAGCCACCAUGUCAGGAAGCACUGUUUGCUCCUCUGUGUCCUUAUGCUCCUUGCCAAUCUGAGGCCACCAUAAGCUUUGUAUCAUUUGUCUUGUUUUAUAACCUUUAUUCAACUAGUAAGUCAGAGAACUAAUAUUUUCUGUAUUUCUGGGGGUUUGUGUUUUCCUCUUGGACCUCUUUUUCCUUCAUGAAGAGAAAUUCAUUAAAACAAUUGCUGCUUCUUGCCAA